AUGGAGGUGUCGCGCCACCGCCCAGGGCCCCGCGGGGACAGUGCCUUUGAGGAUGAGAGCAUGAAGCUCCGGCAGCUGAAACUGGAUAAUCAGACAGCGCUGCUGGAGAAGCAGCAGAGGAAGAAGCGCCCGGAGCCACUCGUGGCGCAGCCGAACCCGGAAGCCCGGCCACGUGGGUCAAAGCCGAGGGGAAGCGAGGGGCACGCUCCGCUGGUGGAACCUCACGCCCCGCCCAGCGGUGUCAUCCUGCAUGGCAGUGACGGUCCCGCUGCCCUCCUGAAGCCAGAUGCUCAAGACGUGGAAACCAGACUUCACGUUCUCUCAGUAGGAUCUUCUGCCAGGGAGGAGGAUACUGAAGGAAGUGCUGAUAGAGAUAGCACUUGGGACACUGCUUCCAAGCCAGAUCUUCAGGAGAUUCUCCAGAAACAUGGUAUCUCAGGGAGUUUGAACUUUGAUGAGGAGGAGAGUGAUGGGGAGGAAGGAGAAGGGAAAAAACUAAGAUCUCAUUGGUCGUAUUCAGAGGCAGAGAGACCCAGUUCUGCAUCCAGCCAGAAGGCAACCACAGAUACAGGAGCUUCUGGAACUGCAGCCCAGGACACUGAUAACCAGCUGGGAGAAACAGAGAAUUUAGAGGGCUUUGCAUACAGUCCUGCCCCUCGAGGUGUCACAGCGAAGUGUCAGAUAACUCGGGAUAAAAAAGGAAUGGAUCGGGGGCUUUUCCCCACCUACCAAAUGCACUUGGAAAAGGACAAAAAUCGGAGUAGAAAGCGGAAAAAGAGCAAAACAUCCUACUACCUUAUCUCCACUGAUACAACAGAUUUAUCUCGUGAAAGGGAAAGUUAUAUUGGCAAACUCAGGUCCAACCUGAUGGGGACCAAGUUUACAGUUUAGGACCAUGGCGUCAGCCCAGCCAAGGCCCAGGGUUUGGUAGAAAAGGCCUGCAUGCGGCAGGAGCUGGCCGCCGUCUGCUACGCCAAGCGAGGACACAGCGAGAAGGCGGCCAUCUGCAAGUCAGGAAGAGCGGCCUCGUCGGGCAUCAACCCUAUCACGGCCAGCUUCUCUGGCUCCAUCUUGCUGAUGAGGCUCUUACUGGUAUCUGGUCUGUGCAUGCCACGAGGGCCUCCCUAUUCCUGGAGCCGAGGUGGGAGGAGGCUGUCUGAAGCCUUUCCCAAGCCUCUCAUGCUGCUUAUGGCAGCAGUGGGCAAAUCCCUCAUGAAGAGCCUGGACGUUAAGAUAUACAUUUUUACCUUCUUCCCAGAUCAAGAUGGCACAAAAUCCUAG